AUGGCCUCCGCGCUGGCUGCGACUACAACUCCCAGGGCGCCCCGCGGCCGCCGCCUGUCCCCAUGGCAACGGCGAAAGCGCCUGUCGGCCGUGGAGGGCUGGAGGAAAAAAAUUGCAGCUGAGAAGAUACCAUAUCAGAUCUCAUUUCUAAGCCUGCAGAGUAGUAUGAUUUCCCAGAAGAAGAAUGGAACAGCUCAGCGAAUAUCAUCAGCAAGACUUCACAAAAUUAAAGAGCUGAAGAAUGAAAUAUUUGAUUUACAACAUGAAGUAGAAGCAUCAAGCUUAGUAAACCACGUUUUGAAACAGCUUCAGUGUCGACGCUUGAAAGCGAUAGGCAGAUAUGAAUGUUCAGAAAGUAACUUGUCACAUCUUUUAGCAAGUCAUUAUAAUGAGGUGAGAGCUAUAAGGAAACUCCUGAGGAUGUCUCUGGAGAGUGAGAGAAAUACAUCCAGGAAGCUCAGAAAUGUGGAAGCAGAGCUGCUGAAAACUAAAGAUGCUUUGCAUGCCUUGCAUGUGCUUUCAGAAGACAAAGCUCUUGCAGAGAGAGAGGAACUAAAUCACAGAUUAUCAGUCUUUACAGAAAAAAUGGAAGUGAAUAAUAAGAUAAUACAGAGCCUAGAAAAGCAGCUGGAGUUGAACAAUAGCACCUUUAGUCGUCAGUUGGCAAAUGAGAACAAAAAAGCUGUGGAAGCUGGGAUGAUUACAAAGAACUUGCAAAUGGAAAUUAACUCUCUUCACCAAAAAAUUAAGGAAAAGGAUCGGCAACUUUAUGUCAAAAAUAUCUAUGCAAAUUGGAUGCCUAAAAUCACAAAAGACAAAGAUGAUUCAGUACCUCAUGAAAAAAGUCUUAGUAUAAACAGAUCAGUACAAGUAGAUACACAGAGUUUUAGAUCACUGCUGCUGUCACAGUACCAAACUCAGGAAACAGAAAAAAGUCUGAUUCAGCUAAGGAAGGAGAAAAAGUCUUCUGAAGAUAAGAAUCAAAAAGCUAAAGCAAAUGAUGCAUACACAGAUGCCCAAAAAGGAAUGGAAAAGAAAGCAACCGAGAAAAUACAAAAGCCAGAAGCUCUUAACAGAACAUGUAGAGGGUCCUUAAGGGAGGGCAGACUGCUGACAGAAGAAUACACUUUCUUGGAAUUUAUGAAAGAAGAAAAGGAGACAGACUUGUUUGAACUGGAGCUGAAAAAAAUGACGAAAACUGAACAAACUCCUCUAAGCAACAGUGUAAAAGAGAACAAUAAAGAGGAAGAUGCAGUGGAAGAAGGUGAAAAAGAAGAAAAAAAGCCAGAUGAACAGCUAAGUAACAGUGAAAAGGCAGAGAGUAUAUGUGUAACUCCAGAUACAAGUAAGAAAACGCUCCUCAGACUGAGAAAAAAAUACAUCUUCUCAGAAGCCACUGAGAAUUUGCAUCAUGGACUUCCUACAUCAAGUACAAAAUUCGAAAAAGGCAGCCUUGGCAACCACAGACAUGCAGGUCAGGAUUGCACUGAAACAGCUGAAUCAAAAGUGAAGAAUUCCUUUGGGCCGUAUGAACCAUCUUUUGGUAAAGUUACCAAAACGAGGCGGAAGGACAGCUCCACUGAAGCGGAAGGCUGCACUCAUAUGACAUUUACUGACAGGAAAAACAGUCUUAUGAAAGAACUCUUUGGACCAGGCUGUGUUUGA